AUGAAGCUCCUCUUACUCUCCAUACUCGCCCUGGCGACUUCUGUCCACGCCGCACCAGGCGAUGGCGACUGGGCAGCAGCCUACGCCAAAGCCAAAGCAGCGCUGCCCAAACUUUCAACCGCCAACAAAGUAGGUAUGGUGACAGGAAAAGGCUGGCAGAAAGGUCCCUGUGUCGGGAACGUAGCUGGUGUCUCAGCCAUUGGAUUCCCGGACUUAUGUUUACAAGAUGGGCCGCUGGGUGUACGGUACGCGCAGCAAGUUACUGCUUUUCCGGCUGGUAUCACGACAGGCUCGACUUGGGAUACGUCUCUCUUUUACGCGUUUGGGAAUGCUCUUGGAGCGGAAGCGAAAGCGCUAGGAAUUCACGUUCAACUUGGGCCAGUUGCAGGACCCUUGGGGAAGAUUCCUACUGGAGGACGAAACUGGGAAGGGUUCUCCAAUGAUCCGUAUCUGUCUGGUGUGGCGAUGGCAAAUUCAAUCAGCGGCAUGCAAGCAGCUGGUGUUCAAGCUUGCGCAAAGCAUUUUUUGGGCAACGAGCAAGAGCGUCUCCGUGAAACACAAAGUGCUAAUAUCGAUGACCGAACAAACCAUGAGCUCUAUCUCUGGCCUUUUGCAGAAGCCGUCAGAGCCAACGUUUCUUCCAUCAUGUGCUCAUACAACAAAUUGAACACAACCUGGGCAUGCGAAAGCAAAGCUUUGCUUACAGAUUUGUUGAAAGAUGAGCUUGAUUUCCAAGGUUAUGUUGUGAGUGAUUGGAACGCCCAGCACACCACGGUCGGCAGCGCGCUUGCUGGAAUGGAUAUGUCCAUGCCUGGAGAUAACUUUGGCGACAAUCGAUUCCUCUGGGGUACUGCCCUCACCAACGCCCUCUCAUCAAACCAAAUCCCAAUGUCCCGCGUCGACGACAUGGUGACCCGCAUUCUUGCCUCAUGGUACCUCGUCGGUCAAGAUACAAAUUACCCAAAAGUCACGGGCUGGACGUCAUGGAACGGCGGUAGAGGCGGACCGAAUGUCCAAGGGGACCACAAAACUCUGGCGAGAAAAAUUGCGCGAGAUGGGAUUGUGCUGUUGGAGAAUACAAAUGGUGCUUUGCCAUUGAAGAAACCGGCUAGUUUGGCUGUCAUUGGCUCGGAUUCGAUUGUUAACCCGCAGGGACCGAACGCGUGUGUCGAUCGGGGAUGUAAUACCGGGACAUUGGCGAUGGGAUGGGGAUCUGGCACGGCCGAUUUUCCAUAUCUCGUCGCACCACUCGAUGCGAUCAAAGCCCAAGCAUCCAAGGAUGGCACGAAUGUAAUAUCCUCACCGAACGAUACUCCAUCGGCAGGUGCAUCAGCAGCCAGUGCCGCAGCCACAGCUCUAGUGUUCAUCAACUCCGACUCAGGAGAAGGCUACAUCACGGUCGAAAACAACGCUGGAGACCGUAUCAACCUCGACCCUUGGCACAACGGCAAUGCCCUCGUCGCCGCCGUCGCCGCCGCCAACACCAAAACCAUCGUCAUAAUCCACUCCGUCGGGCCCCUUAUCCUCGAACCCCUCCUCUCCUCCCCCAACGUGGUCGCAAUAGUAUGGGCCAAUAUCCCGGGCCAAGAAUCCGGCAAUGCUCUCGUAGACAUCCUUUACGGCAGCACCUCCCCGUCCGGCAAACUCCCCUACACAAUCGCGAAAUCCGCGAACGACUACGGGACUGCGGUAAUCAAUGGCGAUGAUAGUUAUCCCGAAGGUUUGUUUAUCGAUUAUAAACGAUUUGACAAGAACAAUAUCAGCCCAAGAUACGAAUUCGGGUUCGGUCUUAGCUAUACCACAUUCUCUUAUUCUGCUCUCACAAUCUCCCCAUUGGCUACAACAACAGGCAGUACCACCCCUGCACCAGGCGGCCCAAAGGGUCUUUACGACGUUUUAGCAACAGUCACAGCGACCAUCACGAACAACGGGACAGUCGCCGGCGCAGAAGUCGCGCAGCUGUAUAUCGGCUUACCAAGCUCUGCGCCAUCGAGUCCAGUCAGGCAGUUGCGGGGUUUUAAAAAGGUGCUCUUGGAUGUAGGAGCUAAAGCCACGGUGAGCUUCGAGUUGAGAAGGAAGGAUCUGAGUAUCUGGGAUAGCGGAGCGAAGAAGUGGGUGUUGCCCACUGGGGCUUUUGGGGUUUGGGUUGGGGCUAGUUCGAGGGAUUUGAGGCUGGUGGGAACUUUGGGUUGA